ACACUUGUAAAUAAUUGUUCAAAUGAUACUAAAACUUAUUAUAAAUAUUUAAUUAUAAAUUGAACACACAUACCUUAUCCAAUCACGUGCCUAGAAACUCUUGCCAGUAUAUAUAUUUAGCAACACAAGAUCACAGUUUGACACCCAUUAAUCUGAAUCGCGAAAUGGCCAGCGGCUCCUCCCCUUCGCCGCCGUAUGAUAUCGAAGGCGCGGCGGCCUCCUACACCCCCAUUCCAGCUGGCCCCCACUCGGAGCGCCCCAAAACCAAGAAACUCUUGCCCGCCAUUUUAUUUUCAUCAUUUUUCUUGCUUUCCUUAAUUCUUUUGAUCAUCAAAAACCAAAACCCAGAUUCUCUACCUAAACUCGAGGGCAGUACUAGUGCCCAAAUCCCUACUACUCCGGCGGAGGCACCGUCAAGAGGGGUGGCACAAGGGGUGUCGGAGAAGGUUUUCCGGCAAGUCAGCGGCGGAAAUUUGAGCUACGCUUGGACUAAUGUUAUGCUGUCGUGGCAGAGGACGGCCUACCAUUUUCAACCUCAGAAGAAUUGGAUAAAUGGUCCAUUAUUUUACAAUGGAUGGUACCAUUUAUUUUACCAGUACAAUCCGGAUUCAGCUGUAUGGGGCAAUAUCACAUGGGGCCAUGCUGUAUCAAGGGACCUUAUCCACUGGCUUCACCUCCCAUUUGCAAUGGUGCCCGACCAAUGGUACGACAUCAAUGGCGUCUGGACCGGGUCGGCUACGAUCCUACCCGACGGCCGGAUCGUCAUGUUGUACACCGGAGACACUCACAACGAGGUCCAAGUCCAAUGUUUAGCUUACCCGGCCAAUUUAUCGGACCCUCUCCUACUUGAUUGGGUUAAGGACUCUAACAAUCCGGUCUUAUUUCCCCCACCUGGCAUCGGUACCAAGGAUUUCAGGGAUCCCACAACGGCGUGGCUUAGUCCCGACGGCGACAAGUGGCGCAUAGCGAUUGGUUCUAAGGUGAAUAAGACCGGUAUUUCACUUGUUUAUGAGACCACGGACUUCAUCAAGUAUGAACUAGCGGAUGAGUAUCUGCAUGAGGUCCCGGGUACGGGUAUGUGGGAGUGUGUUGACUUUUACCCGGUUUCGUUGACCGGGGAAGAUGGGCUUGACACGUCGGUUAAUGGGCCGGGUGUUAAGCACGUGCUGAAAACGAGCUUGGAUGAUGAUAAGAAUGAUUAUUAUGCACUGGGUGUGUACGACCCGAUUAAGAACAAAUGGAUACCCGAUGAUCCUAAAAAUGACGUGGGAAUUGGGCUGAGGUAUGAUUACGGGAAAUAUUAUGCGUCAAAGACGUUUUACGAUCAAAAUAAGCAGAGGAGAAUCCUGUGGGGUUGGAUUAGCGAAACUGAUGCUGAAUCUGUUGAUUUGUUAAAAGGAUGGUCUGGCGUUCAGUCGAUACCGAGGAGCGUAGUGUUGGACAAAGAGACGGGCAAAAACAUACUCCAAUGGCCAGUUGAGGAAGUGGAGAGCUUAAGAUCAGACAGCGUUGAGUUUAAUGAUGUGAAGCUUGCACCGGGAUCUCUCAUACCACUUACACUUGACUCGCCAUCGCAGCUGGAUUUGGUUGCCACGUUCGAGAUUGAUAAGGAUCAGGUGUCCACGUCGGCGGCGGCUGACAUUAGCUACGAUUGCCCAACGAGUGGUGGUGCUGCUAAUAGGGGAGUGUUAGGCCCAUUUGGCGUCCUAAUCUUUGCAGAUGAAAUGUUGUCGGAGUUAACUCCGAUUUACUUCUACGUAGUCAAGGGCACUAAUGCCAACACUCAAACUCAUUUUUGUGCAGAUGAGCUCAGGUCUUCAAAAGCUUCUGAUGUUGGCAAGAUAGUGUACGGAAGCCAAGUCCCUGUGCUUGAUGGUGAAAAGUUAUCCCUCCGAUCAUUGGUUGAUCAUUCGAUCGUGGAGAGCUUUGCUCAAGGGGGUAGAAGAGUGAUAACUUCAAGAGUGUAUCCUACAAAGGCGAUCAAUGGUGCUGCACGCAUUUUCUUGUUCAAUAAUGCUACAGAAGCCACUGUUACUGCAUCAGUCAAGAUAUGGAAAAUGGAUUCUGCAGAUAUUCAUUCAUUCCCAUUUGAUCAAAUGUGAGAAUACACCCAAUAAUCUACCUACCACUCUUGUCUUCAAUUCUGGAAGGCAUAAGAAAUUAUUUAUGAUUGAUAGUAUAUAUCAUGCAUUGUGUUACCAUGCACAUAAUUAAUUCUGCUGGAUUUUGUUGUAUCCUUAAAGCCUGCCAGCAGCUCUUCAAAAAGCAUCUGAAUAAAACUUGUUGAGAACUUUUUCUUCUGA